GAAAAGGCCAUUCUUCACCCGCGCAGCCCGUGACCCGCCGACCGCCACGGCCCCGCGACCAAUUCUAACUGCACCGCAUAGCUCCCAUCCCGCCGCAGACAUGGCCGACGAGGCCGAGCGCGCUUUCCUCGAGGCGCAACAGCACCAAGAGUACGACCCUGCAGCCGGCGGCUACAACAUGACCGACGCGCCCUCUGGCCAAGACGAAUACGACCCGGCCACGACCUACUCGCCCCCCUCGGAGCAGUCGCCCUCGGUGCAGCCAGAAUCAGGCGCAAACUCUCCGCCCCGACCCGCCGACGGCGAGGAUGGGGAGCAGUCGCGAGCCCAGUCCCAGCCUCCCUUGGCCGCCGCAGAGGCCGCCGCAGCGCCGCCGUCCAAGCGGCCGCGCACCGUGGGUGGUUUUGUCGACGAGAGCGAGGACGAGGAAGAGGAGCCCGCUGCGCAGCCGCAAGAGGCGAGUGCUACACGGCAGAGUGCGACGGAGGCUCAACAGGCCCCUCAGCCAUCUUUUACAAACACUCCAAACAAUACACUACCCAACCCAGAUGUACAGUUACAUAGUGCACAAGACCAGGCUCCUGCAUCUGUUUCUGCUCCCGUCGCUGUCAAUGAGCCUGCUCCCUCUGUUGCUUCUGUUCCUAACGGCAGCACGCCUGUCCCAGACGCUACUAAGCCAGCUACUCCCGACGUCUUGAAUGUUGCUUCAGCGCGCCCCUCCGUAGUGCCCGCCACUCCAGCGCCCACUUCUGCUGCUCUGCCAAAGGCUCGCCUGCCUCAGGAUCGAGUGGGCAUUCUCGAAGACCGCAUUGCUGAAGAUCCCCGUGGUGACAUCGAAGCGUGGUUGAGUCUAAUUGAGGAGCACCGCAGGCGACACAAGCACGACGAUGCCCGAGCUGUAUUCGAGCGCUUCCUCAAAGUCUUCCCUUCAGCAGGCGAACAAUGGGUCGAAUACAUCCUGUUUGAGACCGAACUCGACGAGCUGCCAAAAGUCGAGCACCUCUUUGGCCGUUCUAUUCCCUCGGCUCAAUAUAUUGGCAUCUAUUCUGCUUACAUCGACUUCAUUCGACGUCGCUUCAACCUCACCACUGACCAAAACGGACAGAAUCGCCAGACAGUCACCCAAGCCUAUGAGUUCGUCCUCAACUCUGUUGGUAUCGAUGUCCAGGCCGGUAAGCUGUGGCUUGACUAUAUCGAGAUGCUCAAGACCGGACCCGGCGUGCUCGGCGGCAGUAACUGGCAAGACAUGCAAAAGAUGGAUACUCUGCGUAAAGUGUACCAGCGUGCAGUUGCCGUUCCUCACAACGCUACACUCGAGAUCUGGCGCGAUUACGACAAGUUCGAGAUGAGCAUGAAUAAGGUUUCGGGUCGCAAACAACUCCAAGAAACUUCGCCCGCUUACAUGACUGCUCGCAGUGCUAUCAAUGUUCUUGAAAACAACAUCACCAGGGGUGUCAUUCGGACCACACUGCCAAAGCUGACGCCCGCUGCUGGUUUCGAUGGCUACGAAGACUACAUGAACCAGGUCAAGCUGUGGAAAAACUGGAUCCAAUGGGAGAAGAGUGAUCCGCUCGAGUGCACAACCGACAACCGCGAGCUGUACAACAAGCGUGUUCUGCACCUCUACAAGAAUGCCUUGAUGGCCCUUCGUUUCUGGCCAGAGCUCUGGUACGAAGCAGCCGAAUGGUGUUUUGAAAACAACCUGCAAGCUGAAGGCGACAAGUUCCUCAAUGACGGCAUAGAGGCCAAUCCUGAGAGCUGUCUGCUUGUCUUUAAGAAAGCUAACCAGGUCGAGCAACGUACUGAUUUUGAAGAUGGCCAAGCAGGUGUCAUUGCCAAGGGGAGAGCCGUACGCGAACCAUACCAGAGACUACUGGAUACCAUUUACGACCUCACCGCACAGGUCAAGAAGCGCGAAGAACACUCCAUUGCACGAGCAAAGGAGCAGUUUGAAGUACAAAAGGCUGCCGACGAGGCGGCGCGGGCCAUUGCGCAGCAAAACGAUGACGACGAAGAUGAGGUCGUAGCUGCACGACGUCUCAAGGAAAAAGAGGAUGCUUUCAGCGGCCAACUCCAGGCCAUGUCUGCCGGCUACAACGCGCAGACGCAGAAUCUCAAGAAAACGCUCACAUAUGCAUGGAUAGCGCUCAUGCGUGCCAUGCGUCGUGUCCAGGGUAAGGGAGAUCCAAAGGGCGACAUCGGCGGGUUCCGAGGCGUCUUCACAGAGGCGCGUAAAAAGGGCAAACUGCUCAGCGAGGCAUAUGUAGCCAGCGCACUCAUUGAACAUCACUGCUACCAGGAGCCAGCUGCCCAAAAGAUUUUUGAGCGUGGCAUGAAGCUGUUCCCAGAGGAUGAGCAUUUUGCGUUGGAGUACAUUAAGCACCUGAUCAAGCUCAAUGAUUCAACCAACGCUCGUGCUGUCUUCGAAACUGUUGUUGGAAAACUAACUGCUAAGCCGGAAAACGUGCACCGGGCAAAGUCACUAUUCGCCUUCUUCCAUGACUACGAGGCCCAGUUUGGUGAGCUGGCACAAAUCACCAAACUUGAGCAGCGUAUGGCCACUCUCUUCCCCGAAGAUCCCCAUCUGCACCGCUUUUCGCAACGCUUCGCAAGCCCAACCUUCGACCCCAUCUCCGUCCGCCACAUCAUCUCGCCACGCACACAGAUGAAGCCAGUCAUGCCGUCAGUCAUGCCAUCGGUCGAAGAGCAACAGCAGCCCGUUCCCGCAAUGCCGCCACAACAACCGCCACCGCAACCUCCGCCGCAACCUGCUGUGGAACAGCAGCGCCUUGCGUCUCCCGCCAUUACCAACUCGCCUCACCUUAACAAUCUCAUGCCUGCAACCAACUCACCCAAGCGUCCACUCGAGGACAUGGAGGAAGUGGCACAGCCUCGCAAACUCGCUCGUGGUGAAUCGCCUCUCAAGGGCGCUGCGGGCCGCCGUCUUGAUGCCGCACGUCGCAACCUUGCUACCGCUGGCGCAACACCUAUUGGACAGAACCCAGGUCCACCACCCCUGCCUCGGGGAGUCAACUUCCUUCUCGGGAUCAUCCCUCCUGCACAUACAUACAAAGAAACACGCUUCAAAGCAGAGGGUCUGGUUAGCCUGCUACGAGAUGUAGCCGCCAUUCCAGUUCCUCCGGGCCAAGUCCCACCCCAACCGCAACGGUGGGGAACCACCCCGACAACUGCACAGCAGCUGCAAAGCAUACAAGAGAAGUACGGAAACGGCGGACAUAUCCCCAUGCAUCCGGCAAUGCCAGGUGCAAACCCUUGGGGUGCUUAGUCAGGCCAAGCAGAGUUAUGCAAUCUAUAUUCAUGUAAUUCAAAACGCAUAUGUAUGCGGUCAUGAGCUAGCUUUCAGGGGCCGCCACCACCAAGGGGAGAGAAACGUCGAACAACUGCAACAAUAUCUGGGGGGGAAACGCCAUUCAAACCAAUAAGCAUUGCAUAGGAAAUGGCGUUUUUUUAAACAUUCUAUCUUCCACCUAUCUCAUGUCUUGUCUUCCAGAUCGG